CUUGCCAACUGUUAUGAGAGAGAAGCACAUUGCAAAAACAGAAGCAAGGAAGAAACUUUGUCAAUACCCAGUUUCGGUUUUGCGCAUCUGAGACGUAAAACACCCGACAGACAAGCAACUGGAGCGAUUUCUUGUGCGGGAGAUGAUGUAAUACGAGCGCCCUCUGCCCCUGUCGCGUGCCGUCAAUUUGGAGGAAAGAGAGUUGGGACAGUUAGCUCUGAGUUAACCCAUCUGCAUCCCCUUCUCCGUCCCCCCCUUUUCUCGUAAUAAACUCGAGCCCAGCUGCGGGAAUUUGUACCCUCUUUGUGUCCUCCUCGGUAUAUCCGCUCGGCCUAUAAAAGAAAGGUGCGAUCUUGGCGCCGAUUCCAUUCCAAUCGAGCUGAUCCUUCGCUUCCCCUUCGAUUCUUCUCGCAUUUCGGUUCCGGGGUCGCGGAGCUUUUUCGGGUUCUUUUCCGUUCCUCUUCGUUCCGGAAUGGCCGCUGCUGUAUUUAAUCAAGCAAGUGGAAUUGUUCAGCCUCAUGGCUGUCUCAACAAAUCUUCCAACCAUCAGGAAUUGGGCAGUGUUUCAUUCAGAUUUUCUCAGAAAGUUCUUAAUUUUGAAGCUAGUCAGUCAAUGCGAGGAACUCGGGCUUCCGACGUAAGGAACUCCUCUGCUGCUAGAGUUUCAGGCCAAGCUCCGGUGCUUGAUCCAGUUAUAAUUCCCUCAAAGAGUGAUUCCACAGAGCCCAAGAAAAAAUCAAGUGAAGCAGCUCUUAUAUUGAUUCGGCAUGGUGAGUCUUUGUGGAAUGAAAAGAACCUAUUUACAGGUUGUGUAGACGUACCACUUACCAAUAAGGGUAUAGAGGAAGCAAUUCAUGCUGGACAAAGAAUUAGCAACAUACCUGUCGACAUGAUUUUUACGUCGGCACUGAUUCGUGCGCAGAUGACAGCGAUGCUUGCCAUGACUCAGCACCGUUGUAAAAAGGUGCCAAUCAUCUUGCAUGACGGGAGUGAGCAGGCUAGGUUAUGGAGCGAAAUCUUCAGUGAAGACACAAAGGAACAAUCCAUUUCUGUCAUAACAGCUUGGCAAUUAAAUGAAAGAAUGUAUGGCGAAUUACAAGGUCUGAAUAAGCAGGAAACAGCAGAAAGAUACGGAAAGGAACAAGUUCACGAGUGGCGUCGAAGUUAUGACAUUCCUCCUCCCAAUGGGGAGAGUCUGGAAAUGUGUGCCGAAAGAGCUGUUGCUUAUUUUAGAGAUAAGAUAGAACCUCAACUUCUAGCUGGGAAGAACGUUAUGAUUGCUGCCCAUGGGAAUUCUUUGAGGUCCAUCAUAAUGUACCUUGACAAAUUAACUUCCCAGGAGGUUAUAAGUCUAGAACUAUCAACAGGUGUACCGAUGCUAUACAUUUUUAAAGAGGGUAAAUUCAUUAGGAGAGGAAGUCCCUCGGCACCUACGGAUGUUGGAGUAUAUGCAUAUACUAAGAGUUUGGCUAAGUACAGGCAGAAAUUGGAUGAGAUGUUCCAGUAGCAUACUCAAGGCGCCUUCAUAUACAGGCUACCAAAUUUGUCUCUGGCUCAAAUAGUGGAGUGCUUAAACAAGAAAAGCGUUGUGCAAAGUUUCAAAUGACAGUUGAAGUAUUACUUCAGAGUAGUAGAUUAGGAAACUUGGUUUUUCCAUCCCUAUGUAUCCUUGGACCCAGUUUGGCUUUUCUUCCCAUUUCCAUCCCCCUUUGAUCCAUGUGCUAUUGUCACUUGUCAGGUUAUAACUUAUACGUGUGUAAAACGAUGACAGAUGAAAAUCUGUGAUCAUCGGACAUUGAAGUAAACUUUCUAUGCAGUUGGGAUAAUUUUUAUUCUUGCA